UUAAAACUAUGCCAUAGCUGUGAGUGACAGAACAGAGGCGGGCGGAAAUGGCGUGAAUCAAGCGCAAGGAAGCCUGGAUGGCGCGCCAAAUUUCAAAGGACUUCCUGGGGAAAAGAACGCAAAAAUCUCCGUUCAGCAAACAACGACGUUUAAAUUGGACAUAAGUUAUCAAAAGACUAAAGUAUAUAGACAGUUUUAAACAAUCGGCAGCGUUAGCAUCAUAUUUAGAUAGUGGAUAAGAAUUCAAGUGCAGCAGAUUCGAGCCACUUUUGUGGAGGUUGAACCCACCUCAAGCUGCCAGCUCUAGCUCCCAGCCUUUACGUGUCAAUUUAUGAAUUAGUUAGCUUAGUCAAAUGUACACGGUAUUACAACUGAUAUUUAGGUGACAUUACUCAGCAAAUAACCGUGCAGGUUAUAGAUUGUAUACAAUACGUUUUACUAUUAAAACAAGAGUUUGAAUGUUAAAUCUGUUCAAAUUCAUUCUACGCAACAUACUAAGAACAAAGCUUUUACCAGCAUUACAGACGGCUUUUUGUUAUCACAUUCACUGACUUAAGUGCUAUUUAAGCAAUGGAAGGCUCUAUGUAAGAAAGUAUCUGUCACUGACUGGGGUGGGCAUCGGUGAGUCGUGGCCAUGCUGUCUGGAGUCCAGCCGUGUUUCCAGCUGCUGAGAAUCGGCUCGUCCUCUACGGAUUCAGCCCGGGACCUGUACACGUUCCGGCCUGCGCUGACCCACUCGGUGUUCCGGCUGGGCCGAGCGGCAGAGCUGUGUGAUGUCACACUGGACUCAACGUCUGUGUCUCGUAUCCAUGCCGAGCUGCAUGCUGAGAGGGAGGCGGAGGGAGCAGCUGAGGGGGGCUGGAAAGUGCAGAUAAAAGACCGGAGCAGCCAUGGUACCUGGGUGAAUGAGGUCCGGCUGCAGCCAGGUGUCCAAUGGGUGCUCUCAGAUGGUGACACGCUCACCUUCGGCGGCCAAUCGGAGAGAGGAAGCCCAGAGUUCUACUUCCUCUUCCAYAAGGUUAGCGUGCGGCCGUUGGACUUUGACGCCAUCACCAUCCCAAAGGCCGGCACCUUCUCCUCCGACCUGAAGAACCGAAUCAGAACGAGCCUGGACCGCAAGGCGGUGGCCAACUUGGAUCUCAACAGGGCGACUGUCAUUCUGAAUUCCAUCGGAAGCCUGAGCAAGAUGACUGGGACUCCUUGGACAUUUAAGAGGUGUGAUGGCAAUAUCACAGACACAAGCUCCACCUCCUUGCCCUUCACAUCCUUGGUCCCGCCCUCCACCCCUCCUCCCUUUCCACCCACUACCUCUGUGGCCUCAUCCAAGUCACUCCCGCCCUCAUCCAAGAGCAGGCGCAAGUCCGCCCACACGGUCCUUCUGGAGGAUGACAGCUCGGACGAUCCCGGGAACCACCGAAGAGUGAAGGACGGGCCGAGUGGGACGAAGAGAAGGCGCCUCUACAAGUCAGAAUCUGAGGGUUUCCAUGCUCAUUUACCCAAAACGGACCAGGAUGUACGACGCCAGUUUGAACUGAAACACGUGCCUGUGCCCAAACCGAUCGCAAACUGUCACACCAUCGUCGCUAACGGCAAACUCAACCAUGUUUCCUUCAACAUCAGUCAGAGGCGGGAGAUCAACCCAAACAAUCAAAGGACUGGCCCAAAUGUGAACGUCUCUGUGUUUCGCCAGCAGAAUAUUUUCUCGCCGCCAUCCUCUGGGCGGGGAAGGCAACGGGCUCACAGCGCCCCAGUUUACUCCCCUAUGGUGGUGGGAGGAACGAGUUACACCCUGGGGUCUCCAUCCUUGAGGAUCUGCAAAGAGGAUCGAGGACGGGCAGGGCAGUUUGCUAGAUUUCACAUCACCUCUGGCAAGCGGCGGGGCAGACCAAGGAAGCACCCUCCUCCGCGGCCCUCCCUUCCCCCUCCUUCCUCUUCGUCUUCCUCCUCCUCCUCGUCGUCGUCCUCUUCGAGCUCCUCCUCGUCGUCCUCAGAAGACGAAGUGGAGGGAGUGUCCCAGGGGGUGGAGCCGUGUGCCGCGCCUCGCUGCCGCCUGCCCCAGCAGGACACGGUGCAGUGGGUCCAGUGUGACGACUGCGACGCCUGGUACCACCUGGACUGCCUGCACUGCGACCGCAAGAACCUCCUGCUGGACCCAAACGCAGACUUCCACUGUGGCUGCUGCUGAUACAGCAGGAGUGGGUCACAGACCCCUACACUAGAGUACACUUAAUGCCUUAAUCAUACCACAAUGAAUUAUGGGGGGGAAAAUACAUUUUAUUGUUGUAUAAUGGGGAUCGUAUGAUGAAAAUAGAUGUUGUACAGUGUUCGUGGAGUUUAUUUUUAUUUUUAUGAACAGUAGGAUGGGUCUCAUGUACCUAAUGGUUGCAGGCUGCCCUUACCUGACAUUUUUCUAAGUGUUCAUCCAAGCUCUGAUGUUGAGCAACGGUUUGAGGAAUACAAUGAAAGCUAGAACUUGGGUUAGAGGUGGUAACCCCGGGGACUGAUAUGAACUGAACUAUUUUAGCCGCACAAAGGCUACUCUGGUGAACAGUACAAGUCUCGAAACGAGUAGGCUUACAGUGACAGACUGUAGGUCUUUAGGUCUUUGUGAAUUAAGUCCUUCCAUAUUGGUUUGUGAAUAACCCUGCUGUUGAUGGGGCUAAAUGAAGGUGGUAUUGGAGAAUUCGCCAAAUUCAUAUCUGCCGUAACACAAUAUGCAUCGCAAUGCUCUCAUCACACAAUACGAAUAAUCGAGCAAGGAUCUGCUUAGCUUGAUUCUAGAUGUCUACUCAAAAAGAUGAGCGUGGGUUUUCUGCGUUCACACUCUGUCGUUGUGUUGAUAUUGAUCUAUAACAUGCCGACUUUAUUUUUUCUUCUGUCUGAUGACUUCGAUUUAUAUAUCUAACUAUGUAUGCAUAUCUGUCCAAAACACGACUAGAUUUCAGCUGUAGAGCAGGGACGGCCAACCUCCUGCAGGGUUUUGUUCCAGCCCUACUAUAACUCACCAGUUGCUCCUCGGGAUCUUGAUUGGCUGAACCAGGUGUGACACAGUACGGCUGGAGUAAAAACCGGCUCUCCAGGAAGGAGGGUUUGCUACACCUGAUGUAUGGUCGCAAAAGAUUUCACACUGUCUUCACUUUGAUGAUUAUAAGAUCAGCUCGUGAGAGCGCGUUACCGUUUGGAUGUUUCUCUUCAAAGUUAUUAGGGAAGAAAUAAAAUGUGUUGAUGGAGUAUAUUUUUCAA